AUGGAACUACAGAAGACCGACAACGAAUUUAACAGUGGACUCGCAGACAACGAAUACGAACCAUUCCGACAUCGUCGCGUGAAGAAACCAAACUCCACCAAUGGCACGAUCAUUCACAUGCUCAAAGGAUCGCUUGGAACCGGUAUCCUGGCAAUGCCAUCCGCCUUCCGGAACGGUGGGCUAGUGUUUGGAGUUAUCGGCACUACACUCGUGGGAAUAAUCUACGCUCACUGCGUGUAUCUGCUGGUAUCAACAUCGCAAAAAUCGUGCAAACGAACUCGCGUGCCCGUACUCGGGUUCUCGGAAACAGCCCAAAGCGUCUUCCGCCAUGGUCCGAUUGCGACACAACGUUUCGGAAAUGCGGCCAAGGCAUACAUCGAUUACUCCUUGCUGAUCGUCAGCUUCUUUUCGGUUUGCGUAUAUCUGCUGUUCAUUGCAACAACACUGCGAGAUGUAGUCAACACUGAACUCGGCAUCGACUGGGACACUCGUAUCUAUAUCCUGCUGACGGCGCUUCCGUUAAUCUUCGUUACGCAAGUGCGCGAUCUACGAUAUCUGGUACCAUUUUCAGCCCUUGCCAACAUGCUGAUAUUGGUUACGUUCGGCAUCACACUGUACUACAUAUUUCGCGAGCCGAUAGACCUUUCGAAACGUGAACUAUUUCCGGAAAUUACCGCACUGCCUUCGUUCUUUGGAACGGUCGUGUAUGCAGUGGAAGGGAUCGGCGUGGUGCUUCCGGUUGAAAAUAAGAUGAAACACCCGCAGCACUUUCUCGCCUGUCCAGGUGUUCUUAGCAUCGUGCUCAGCUUUAUCACCGUCCUGUACAAUGUGACGGGAUUUUUCGGUUACGCACGUUACGGACCUGGCACGCGAGCUUCAGUGACGUUAAACCUACCAAGUGAAGAGAAACUUGCCUUAUCGACACAACUGCUAGCUGCACUGGCCAUACUUUUCACACUCGGUAUCUACUACUACGUGCCAAUGGACAUACUUUGGCGCAAGGUGAAACAUCGCUUCCCAGCCGAACGGCACAAUGUCGCACAGAUCGGAAUACGAUUCAGCAUUCUGGUUGCAAUGACGGGACUGGCGCUGGGCGUACCGGAACUGGAACCAUUUAUCGGACUGGUCGGUUCAAUCUGUUCGGCCACCCUCGGACUACUGACGCCGAUAGUGCUGGAUACGGUGUUCCGAUGGUCCACUCCCGGUGCAUUUGGCGUUUUUCAGUGGCGGCUGGUAAAAAACAUCAUCCUGUUGGCGUUUGGCCUGUUCAUCCUCGUUGUUGGAACAUAUUUCAGCAUCAAAGAUAUCGUCGAUAUCUACGGAUAG